GAAGUGUGAGCACCGCGGGAGAAGGCGAAUCGACAGAAUUCACCGCAGCAGUUUCGGGAGCGCGUAUCAGCCCUCGGCGUUUCUUUGUCAAGCUGGGCGCUGCGCAUCUCAUUUGUAGCCUACUGUUCUCUUGGUAUCAGAUACAGACUCUUAACGUGUUUCAAUAGUUUACAGUUUGUUGUCAUGGUCGUGAUAACUUUUAACGAAUAAGACGACGCUUGAGCCUGGUGGGUGACAGUAUGCUUUGGAUUUACGGGAGGUUUCCAACAUCAGGUGCAUUCCUGGAAUAAAGUAGGCCAGUGUCACUCGAAGACGCUGAGGCCGCUCUACAACAGGUGGACUUCAGGUUGAUGUCGAUUUCAAGGUCUCUGUGUCUGACAAAGAGGAAAUGUUGCCUUUCCGAAAUGAACUCCAGUUUCAUUUUCUCAGAGACAAUUAAUUGUCAUUGAUGGACCUUUUGUUCUUUCGCUCUCCGAUUUGACUUGCAGUCGCACUUCAAGCGAAGUAAACGCGGUGUUGAGGUGAGAAGUUGCGCACUUUUCACGACAACACUAAGCACUGGCCUUGGCAAACGAACAAACAAAAACAGUAGCGUAAGGAAAUGACACCGAGUUUACGCGCAGCAGAUUGUCUCUAAAAGUUUGCUUCCCACAGCAUCUUUGGCCAUGGGGGGUUGCUGGAGAUUGUGCCAACGGACCUGUAGGUGUUUUCUCACCGAGGAAGACAGACGGGCCAUUGAUAUUGACAUGGAAAUUCAGAAAAUUCUCAAAGAACAGAAGAAACGAGAACGCAAAGAAAUAAAGGUCCUUCUUCUUGGGACCGGAGAAAGCGGGAAAACCACCUUCAUCAAGCAGAUGAGGAUCAUCCAUGGCAAGGGCUACUCUGAUGAGGAGAGGCGAGCGUUUGCAAAGCUGGUUUUCCAGAAUAUUUUCACAGCGAUGAAGGCCAUGACGGGGGCCAUGACGUCUCUCCGGAUUCCUUACGCUAACCCACAGAACGAGGUUUAUGCCAAAUGGAUCCGAGAUGUGGAGAUCAGGCAGGUCAGUCAGUUGGACAGAGGUUUUGUGGACGCUAUUCAGCACCUCUGGGCCGACGCUGGCCUCAGGAUCUGCUAUACCCGUCGCCGGGAGUAUCAACUGUUGGACUCCACUGAAUACUUCAUGACAAACCUUGAACGAAUAGCUGGCCACAACUACAUCCCCACUGCUCAAGACGUCCUUCGAGUGCGAGUGCCAACCACAGGAAUCAACGAUUACUCCUUCAGUGUUGAGAGGAUAACACUCAGAAUUGUGGAUGUGGGUGGCCAAAAGUCGGAGCGGCGGAAGUGGAUCCACUGCUUUGAGAAUGUCACCUCCCUCAUCUUCCUGGCUUCCCUCAGCGAGUAUGACCAGCGGCUGGAAGAAAAUGACAUGGAUAACCGGAUGGAGGAGAGCAUGACUCUGUUCUACACCACCAUCCACUCGCCCUGGUUCAUCAGCUCAUCCAUCAUUCUCUUUCUCAACAAGAAGGACAUCCUGGCUGAAAAGAUCCAAACCUCUGAUCUACAAACAUAUUUUCCAAAAUUUACAGGGCGGAGACGUGACGCCACCGCUGCCAUGAACUUCAUCAACGACAUGUAUAAGCACCAGGGCCUCAGCAGAGAAGACAAGAGGGAACGCAAGACCAUCUAUUCCCACUUUACCUGUGCCACAGACACUAACAACAUCCGGACAGUGUUCAAUGACGUCAAGGACACUGUGUUGAUCAAAUCACUGGCCGAAUAUGGUGUCAUUUGAGAACAAGGACAACCUCCAGAAAUUACGAUGGCCUUCCUUCCUUGUCUUUUAAAAUGUCACUGUAUGUUUUUUUUUUUUUUAAAUAUACACUGGAAAUAGUUUUAUCAGGUAAUGUACAGUAUCAAUAUAAUAUUCAGUGACGGUAUGUAUUCUAUUACUAUGUUUCAUUUAAUUUUGAAGUGGCAUAGCCAAAUCUGCUACAUAAUAAUUCCUUCACUAAAUGUCCUCAUUUGGCAUGGGUUCAGCAGUAUGGUUCUGCAUUUUUUGUAUGUAUGAAUAAGGUUUAUUUUCACACAUUUUUCAUAUUUUCAUGUUUCAUGGGAAAUAUUGACGUCCAUUACAGCAAAUACUGACUGUUUUAUUGAUAUCAUAAAAUAACUUGUUAAUAGCCUAUCAAAACAUGUGUUUAAUAUGUGUUUAAUAUCAAAACAUG